AUGUCAGCGUUACGUGACGUCCUGAUGACCAGCCUGUCCAGUGUACUGGACACUGUCAGUGACGAGGCUGGACUGGUCAGCGUGGCCAACUUGAUGUCCACGGUGACCGAUACCACCCCUGACCAGCUCAGUGACAACGCCAUGGACCAAGCGGCCAAUAUGUCCACUGCGUUGUUGGGACACGUGGCUUCAGCAAACCUGUCCACGACCGCUGUGACGUCAUUGCUGACGUCUAUAGCCAGUACCACGGGCAGUCUGCUCAACGCAAGCCUCUCGGCGCCUUCUGGCAAUGGGACGACAAGCGCAGCCGAUCAGGCGGCCAGGGCUGAAAAGUCUGGAAAGCUCGUGGACUCCAUGCUUGACACCAUGACCUCGGUACUAGAAAGAUCUACAAACACAGAUCCAAUUGUUAUCUCGACUCCAGCCCUUGCACUAGCCGUUCAGAAGCUGCAGUCAGGACCAGCGUCUAGUCUUAAUUUAAGCACCUCGUCAGCGUCAGUCGGGGUAACGGGAGGACUGCAGCUUGCGGCAGGGACGUUUGCUAAGGUGGCAGCAAACAAAUUUAACCCAUACAGGUACAGUGAAGGUGGCAGCAAUAUCACAUCCCAAGUCACCAGCAUCAAUAUGCAGACCGGAAACGGAAGCGCGGUGAAUCUUGGGAACUCUUUUGUCGAUUUUGAAAUACCCGUGACACUAGAGUUUCAGGAGACAGAGGCCGAUAUGGAAAAUAUCACAGCGCAAAAGGGAAUUUCUCAGACGAUUGAAAUAUCCGAUGGGUCGCAAAAUUUGUUCCAGGUUAUCCGACCUCCCUCGGAUCGGACGACGUAUUUCUAUGGCAGGCGUGAUGGGGAGGCAACCAACAGCUCGUACGAUUUCAGAGUCGCGAUUAAUGGCGCAUCGUCAUCCCGCAAAAAGAGAUCUACAACGGCAUCAAGUCAACCAGAUGUCAAUAGCACCAUCACUGUAGACGUGUCACAGGAUAGCAACGGGGAGUUGUCGUUGUACGUUCCUGCCGAGGGCCUUGACGGAGCGUCCUCGUUUAAUCUGCUCAUUCUUGCUGAUGGCGUUGGCAGUGCCAAUGGAAGCAGUCAAAAGUUGACGAUGAAGUCGACGGUGAUCAACCCCCGUUUUUACAACGCGGCCACGAAAUCUUGGAACUCCUCUUCCGGGUUACAGGUGUCCAAAGUGACCAAAGAAGGCAAGAUGAUUUUCAAAAGCAAUUUCUUCGGAUCUUUUGCCGCCGGACUUUUCAUUCCGCCAAACACUAUCGACUUCGACAAGGUGUUCGCCAAUUUCUCCUCUCUCUUGGCGCAAAGUCCUCACGUUCUCAUCGUCAUGUGUUCGCUGUUUGUGCUUUAUUUCCUUAUUCUUAUAUGGGCCAGGAGGAAAGAUCUUCAGGAUAAUGAAAAGUGGGAAUACAAGCACCUGAUAGAAAAUGGCCGCUUUGAUAAAGGGAAGUACUUACUGAGCGUGUACACGGGGUCCAAGUCCCCGGCCAGGACGACCGCCAAGCUGUUUGUGGUGCUUUAUGGCAAAGACGGGCAGAGUCCGCCUAAGGUCCUCAUGGACGGAAGCCGAGAGAACUUCACGCGAGGGGCAGUAAACAAUUUUGUCUUCACCUCGCCCGAACCCUUGGGCAAGCUGACCCACUUACACAUCUGGCACGAGGAAGUAAGCGGAAAUGGAGAUUAUUUCCUUGAGAAAGUCGUGGUGUACGAUAUCUUACGCAGGGAAAGGUCCCAUUACUUUUGCGACCAGUGGCUGUCGUCAUCACGCGGCGACAAUCGCACAGAUCGCUUGAUGGCGUCCGCUGACGACGAGGGCCUAAACGACUUCAAUUUCCUCUUGAGCAGCAACGCCAGCAAGCGCCUGUUUGAUGAUCACCUCUGGUUCUCGGUGGCGAAGAGGCCCACGCCCAGUCGACUGUCCAGAGUGCAGCGACUUUCAAUAUGUAUUGUAGUCUUAUUUCUGUGUAUGAUCUCCAAUGCUAUGUGGUUUAGAGAGGAAGACGAUACAACAAGCGGCAUCCAAAUAGGCCCUAUUAAGAUCACGUUCAGACAGGUCUGGGUUGGGCUGAUGAGCAGCGUUCUGGUUGUACCCCCCACGUUGAUUAUCAUGGAGGUCUUUAAACGAAGCAAACCCAGAAAUUCCUGCACCACCAUCUUCCCCUACAUAAGAGACUCCGACGAAAAUGAGAGCAAAUCGAUGGACGCAGACGAUGGAAAAUUUCAGUCAGCAGUACAGAAAUUGAUCACCAAAGAAAUGCAGGACAAGUCAAAAUCGAAAAAAGCGGACAAAGGUUUCGAAAUACUAGUCGAUCUUCAAAUGGAAUUAGAAGAAGAAGAAAAGACAAAAAGCAAGGAGAAAAAAAUCCGGAAAAAGCCAAUUCGAUUUCCGUGGUGGAGUGUGGUGUUCGGCUACGUUCUCGCCUUCUUGGCCGUAGCUACCUCGGCCUUCUUCGUGUUACUGUACAGUUUGGAGUGGGGUCCGGAAAAAUCCACGAACUGGCUCAUUUCUCUUUUCUUCUCCUUUUCACAGUCCAUCAUCCUGGUUCAGCCGCUUAAGGUCUUGCUGGCUGCGGUACUGAUGGCGUGUCUACUGAGGAUGCCGGGGGAUGAGGAGGAGGAAGAAGACAUGAUGAUAGCGGAGCACAAACUACAAGAUGUUAUCCCUCCAAAACCGCACUCCAUUCCCGUCGCUGACAAAGUGAUCGAUUUAGAAGACAUGAGGGCCAGAAAGAAGGCAAGGAGAAGGGACCAACGCCUUACAGGAAAGCUGAGAGAGAUAUUCAUACACUUAUUAUAUCUGUGCCUGCUUGUGCUGAUUUGCUUUGCCAACAGAGAUAGAAAUUUCUUCAGGCAGAAUUACAACUUGCGGAACAGUUUGGAGUUGACAGAUGAGAGUUUUGCCAAAGUACAGCGAAUAGAAACCAUCUUUUCCUGGUUUAAUGACACCAUAUUCCCAGCCGUGUUUCCCACUGAAAAUUACAAUGGCGACCUGUUCACGGAGGCAGACGAUCUAGCCUUCAUCCGGGACAUGAGGGGGCUGCGACUAGGACCUUUGCGUUUACGACAACAGCGAGUGAAAGAAGAUUCCUGCAACGUCGUAGAUCCUAUGAACAAGUUCCUCAACGGCUGCAACCCUAUGAUUAGUGGUGGAGACAUGGAUAAAGGCGCCUAUGGUCCUGGUUGGGUAACCACGUCUUCAAACAGCACCUCACAGCUGGCCCAGGCGUUCAUGUUCUCUCCUCCCAACGGCCCAAACGACCAGACUGUCUACGGCCAGGUUGACCACUACGAGGGGGGCGGUUAUAUGGUCGAGGUCAGCUCAGCAAACGACAGCGUACAUAUUCUAACAAGCCUGAAAGAUCUCAACUGGAUUGACCGUUUGACCAGAGCCGUGAUAGUGGAGUUCACCGUUAACAACGCCAAUGUGAACGUCUUCUCCAUGGUCCGAAUCAUCGUGGAACUACCUGCUGUUGGCGGGAUAUUCAUCAAGAAAGAACUGGUCAGUUUUCGGCCUUACCCAUAUGUUGAUCCAUUCGACUUUGUGUUGCUCCUGGUCCAAGUCAUCUGGGCGGUGCUUGUGUUCGUUCUUCUGGGGAUGGAGGUGGUGAAGAUGGUGAAGUUAAAGAAGAAGUAUUGCCAACAACUGUGGCACUUCAUAGAACUGGGGGAUCUGUGUUUGGCUAUCACCAGCAUGGUGUGUUUCGUCCUCAGAACCGUGUACACCAUCAGGUCGGUCGAAGACGUGAAGAACAAUGGAGGCCAUUUUGUUGGUUUCGAUCUUGUCGCCAACUGGGACAACGCCUACACUGUGAUCAUCGCCAUUGACCUUUUCCUGGCCACCCUUCAGUUAUUCCGACCUUUGACCUUCAACAAGCACCUUGCCAUAGUCCAGUCCGCUCUGAUCCGAGCAUUUAUCGCUGUGACCACGUAUAUGGUCAUAUUUGGGAUUUUACUCUUCUCCUAUGCACAGGCUCUGCAGUUGAUAGCCGGUCAGGUGAUUGCUGCGUUUCGGGCACUUCCCUACGCCAUGUUUAAUCUUUUUGGCGUCAUGCUCGGAGUGUUAAAGUACUCCAAUAUUAUCACAUCAGAGAGCCUUCUUGUCAGCAUAUUCUUCACAGCUUUCACCAUGACCAUGAACUUUAUCAUCCUGAAUAUGUUUAUAUCUAUAAUAAACGAUGGACUAACGGAGGUGAAGGGGAAUGAAGAGCUCCAGGAUUACGAUGAAGAGUUGGCAGAACACGUGUGGUCUAAAAUGGACGCCUGGAUUAAGGCCAUAUUUCAAAGAAAGGACAAGUCUGCUCUUGGUGNUGGGAAAAAUACGAUAUCCCAGGUUUAA